AUGCAUACCCUGACAACGUCGCUGCUUCUUCUUUGCUUGUCUACUUUUGCUUUUGCUUGUUUAGGGCAUCCAUUACUUCAAAUGUAUCUGUCUCCAUCUUGGCAACCAAGGUGGCCAUUAUCUGUGAAAGACAUUUUUGUGGGACAUGGAAUGUCAGUUGCAAUAAGAGUGUCAUUUGCCCAAUCACGUCCAUCUCAAAGUCAUGUGGUUCAGCCUUCUUUGGGCCCUUCCCUCUCACCUGCACCUUCUCCAGUACAUCGAGCUUCUCUCCCUGUUCCUAGCAGCAAACCCUUACCAAGACGUCAUGGUGGUCGUCAUCAUCACCAUGUGAUUCCUGUUGUGACUGCUCCAUCCCCUUCAGAAGAGCAAAGCUGUGACCAAAUAUGCACUGAACCGCUCACUGCAACUCCCUUUGGUUCACCUUGUGGCUGCGUUUUUCCUAUGAAAGUCAGACUUCUUCUAGAUGUGGCUCCAUAUGCAGUUUUUCCUGUAAUGAGAGAGCUAGAGAGUGAGGUUGCAGCAGGCACUUAUCUUGAAGAAAGUCAAGUAAAAAUAAUGGGUGCAAGUGCUGAUAGUCAAAAUCAAGGGAAAACUGUGGUGGAUAUCAACUUGGUUCCACUUGGAGAGAAGUUUGAUAAUACUACUGCAAUACUUACAUAUGAUAGAUUUUGGAAGAGGAAAGUUCCCUUAAAUGUCACUAUUUUUGGUAAUUAUGAAGCAAUAUACAUUAGUUAUCCAGGUAAUAAUCUUGAACCUCUUGUAAAUCUUGUUGGCUUUACUUAUGUUACUAUAAUGGUUGUGACCUAA